AUUAGGGUUCGCGUGUUACAAUUUCUAACUAAAUAAAUGCGCAUGCCUAUAAUUAUAAGGCUGCCAGAUUUCUAUAACCUCAAAAAAUUAUUUUCAUAGCAAACAUCAUAAUUUGUAACAAUGCCAAAACGAAAAUUAGAAGAGGAUAGUGAUGUUCUCAGCCAUGAAAAAAAUUGGUCGAGAGCAGUAGCAUCAUCUACAAAUGAUUUAAUUAAUAAUGACAAAACAAUAAAUAAAAAUUCGUUAGAUUCAGAUGAAGAGGAUGAUGAAGCCAAUGAAGAUAAUUACAAUAUUAUGGAUGAAAACGAUAUCGAAGGAGUGGAGGAAGGACCAAUGGCUAAAGAAACAAAAGUGGGUUUCACAGCAUUCAAUAUGAAAGAAGAGUUGGAAGAAGGGCAUUUUGAUAAAAAUGGUCAUUACUUGUGGAAAAAAGAAAAACAAAUUCGUGAUAAUUGGCUCGAUAAUAUUGAUUGGGUCAAGGUCGAUUCCAAAGAAGAUAAUACAGAAGAAAAUGAUACAGUCGAUGAAAACAAUAGGUGUUUAGGUGAUAGUGAUAGUGAUGACGAUGAAAGCUUCAAAAAUUUAUCAUUUGAUCCUACGGAGCUAUAUAAACAAAUUUUUGAUUAUUUGCAACCAGGGGAAACAGUUUCGAAAGCUCUAUGUAGACUCGGUAAGGGAAAGAAAAAAAUUUCAUCUGCUGAAAGAUGGAAACGUAAAAAAGCCGGCUUAAGUGAAAGCGAUGAAAAUUCAGAAAAAAUUAUCAAACUUACUGAAUUAUCUAAUGAAUUAUUGACACGUACUGGAAAUAUGAAUAUCUAUCAAGAAACAUAUGAAGUAAUAAAGCGUAAAAUAAAUCUAGCCGAAAAACAGUCGCAUCCUGCCAAAUAUGAGGCUGAAUCUGAUAUGUUUGCCGACGAUUUUGAAUUAAAGGAAAAGAAAAAAAAUUCGACUAAUCCUUCGGGAUCAGAUGAAAAUAAAAAAGAUGAAGACCUCAAAGAAGAAGACGAAGUAGUAAAAUGGGUGUUGAAAUGGUCACAAAACGAUGACGCUGAAAUAAAUGGUCCACAUACGACGGAACAAAUGCAUACGUGGGCUAAAGAAGGUUACUUCAAAAAAGGAGCUUGGGUUAAACGUGUUGGACAGGCUGGACAAUUUUAUAGUGCCGCUAGAGUCGAUUUUGAACUUUAUUUAUAAUGUUUUUUCAUUUGAAAUUGUUGUGAUUUAUAAAAUAUACAGAAUGAAAUGCUU